UCAAAUGUCAUGUCAUAAGUAAUAACAUACAUUUCAGUUUUUCAUAUUAACUACCUUAAUUUCAGCAUUUUUCGAUAGCUGUUAAGUUUAGUGCGUUAAGUACAUUCUCUGGGAAGAUUAUAUAGUCUGAGUAAUAUUAUCUUUCAUGUACUUAAUAAACACUUUAAAAUAGAUAACCGUUUUAUCAUAAUUGAAUUUAUCAUUCAUAUUAUACAAAAUAUAGGACAGACCGAUUUUUGUUUGCAUUAAAAUUAUAUCAAAAAUGAGUUCAAAAAUAGCUAUUGUUACUGGAGCUAACAAAGGAAUCGGUUUUGCGAUAGUUCGAGGUCUUUGCAAACGUUUUGACGGCAUUGUUUACCUGACAUCGCGAGACGAGAAACGCGGGGCUGACGCCGUCGCUGCUCUUCAGAAGGAAGGAUUAAACCCAAAUUACCAUCAACUCGACAUCACAGAUCCAAAAAGCUUAACAGUUUUUCAUGAUUACAUUAAGGAAAAGUAUGGUAACAUAGAUAUUUUGGUUAACAAUGCUGCGAUUGCUUUUAAAAGCAACGCUCCAGACCCAGUAGAGGUUCAGGCCGAAGAAACCUUGAGAGUCAAUUACUUCUCAGUUCUUUCUACUUGCGAAAUACUGUUUCCUUUACUCCGAAAUGGUGCUAGAGUUGUGAAUAUUUCCAGUUCUUGUGGUCAUUUAAGCUGUAUACCUAGCGAAAAACUGAGACAGCGAUUCCAAGACCCUAAUUUGACUAUACCAGAGCUCUCAGACCUAAUGCGUCAGUAUAUAGAGGCAGCUAAGCAAGGCAGACAAGCAACAGAAUGGGGAAAUUCAUCAUAUGUUGUGUCCAAAGUUGGUUUAACAGCAUUAACUAAGAUACAACAAAGGUUACUUAAUGAUAAAGAUAUAAAAGUGAAUGCUGUACAUCCGGGCUAUGUGGAUACCGAUAUGUCAUCUCAUAAAGGCCCAUUAUCUAUUGACGAGGGUGCACAGGCACCAUUAUUUUUAGCUCUGGAUGCUUCAGAUUCUGUCAAAGGUGAAUAUGUUUGGUAUGAUAAGCGGAUCGUCAGCUGGGCAGGAUCAAAACCAGGAGAGAAACAUUAAACUGCACUGAAUAUUAUAUUCAAUUCUAACUUCUUUAUAAUGAUUUGUUAAUAUAAGUAAUAUUGCAUCUUGAUAGGCGGUUAUUUCUAGAAUAUAUUUAAUAAAUUUAAUUUUUGAACCUUAUAACAUAAGAUUUAUCAUUUAAAAAUGUACAAAGAAUUGUUUUUGUUUUUAUGUAACUCAAUUUUUGAGGAAAUAUUUCAGAUAUUUGAAAAAAAAUAAAGUGCCUUUUUAAACACA